AGAAAUGUAGUACAAAAAGAAUUUCUAACACAGAAACAAAAUGCUUAAAUUUAUAGAGAUGAUACUAGUGGUUAUUAUUUUAUCAAAACCACUUCAAACCUCACUGGCGCAAAAACAGACAUUCAUCGUUCACAUGGCGGGAUCGGAAAUGCCCCCGGAAUUCCUCCAUCAAGCUCACUGGUAUGACUCCGCUCUCAAAUCGGCGUCUGAAUCAGCCGAGAUGAUCUAUGUCUACAAAACGGCGGCGCACGGAUUCUCCGCCAAGCUCACACAGCAAGAAGCUCUGUUUCUUGAAACUCUGCCCGGCGUCGUCUCUGUUCAGCCGGAGAGAAAGUACCAGCUCCACACCACCAGAACGCCGUCGUUUCUCGGACUGGUUGAUUACUUCUUACCCGGAUCCGCUGCUGAAAGUGACGUUGUCAUCGGAGUAGUCGACACCGGAGUGUGGCCGGAGAUGAAGAGCUUCGACGACCGAGGACUGGGUCCGAUCCCAACCACGUGGAAAGGCACGUGCGAGACUGGAACCAAUUUCACCGCAUCGAAUUGCAACAGGAAACUGAUAGGGGCGAGGUACUUUUCGAAGGGGUACGAGGCAAGUCAGGGGCCGGUCAACGAGACUCUGGAGAGCAAAUCUCCCCGGGACGAUGACGGCCAUGGGACCCACACAGCCUCCACCGCCGGAGGAUCGCCGGUUCCGCACGCCGGCCUGUUCGGUUACGCCGCCGGAACUGCUCAGGGCAUGGCUAAGAACGCAAGAAUUGCAGCCUACAAAGCUUGCUGGAAUGAAGGUUGUUUUCCGUCUGAUGUAUUGGCGGCCAUGGAAAGUGCCAUCGAAGACGGCGUGGAUAUUCUUUCCUUAUCUCUCGGCGUUGACUCUGUUGACUACUACGAUGAUGUCAUAGCUGUUGCAGCAUUCGCGGCCAUGGAGAAGGGGAUUGUGGUUGUCUGCUCCGCCGGGAACAGCGGCCCUAGUCCAUACACUAUGUACAACAUGGCGCCGUGGAUCACCACCAUCGGCGCUGGAACUCUAGACCGUGAUUUCCCGGCUCCGGUAAUUCUCGGUACCGGGAAGAAAGUUCCCGGUGUUUCUCUUUACAAUAACAGAGUUGUUCCGUUUCCCGCCAAAAAGAUUCCUUUCGUCUAUGCCGGGAACGUGAGCAACGCCACGAACGGGAAUUUGUGUAUUCGAGGAACUUUAGAUCCGAGUAAGGUGAACGGAAAAAUUGUACUUUGCGACCGGGGAUUAAAUCCGAGAGUUAAAAAGGGCUAUGUUGUAAAAGCCGCCGGAGGGGCCGGGAUGGUGUUAGCCAAUGCUGCUGAAAAUGGAGAAGAGUUAAUAGCGGAUGCCCAUUUACUUCCGGCAACGCUCGUGUCCAAAAAAUCUGGAGACCUCAUUAAAUCAUACUUGUUCUCCGAUCCUAAUCCAACAGCCACAAUUUCCUUCAGAGGGACGAAAGUCGGUGUCAAACCGGCACCCGUACUUGCCGCCUUUAGUUCUCGAGGUCCCAAUACUGUCACGCCAGAAAUACUGAAACCCGACGUGAUCGCACCGGGGGUCAGCAUUCUUGCAGGAUGGAGUGGGACAACCAGCCCAAGUGAUUUACCUGAAGACCCCAGGCGUGUCGAAUUCAACAUAAUAUCAGGGACAUCCAUGUCAUGUCCACAUGUGAGUGGCAUAGUAGCUUUGCUUAAAGCGGCGAAUCCGGAUUGGAGCCCUGCUGCAAUCCGAUCUGCUCUGAUGACCACAUCGUAUGUAACCUACAUGUCGGGUACCCAACUUAUAGAUGCCGCGACAGGGAAGGAAGCCACACCAUAUGACUACGGGUCGGGUCACGUGAACCCCAUGUCCGCAUUAAACCCGGGGCUUGUUUACGACAUAGACACAAACGGUUACCUAGACUUCAUAUGCACCUUGAACUACACUUCCUCCAAAAUUUACACACUCACGAGAAGAAACUUCACCUGUGAUUCAAGCAAAAAAUACAGUGUCACGGAUGUCAAUUACCCUUCUUUCGCUGUUGUGUUUACAAAUAGGACAUCUUCUAUAAAAUACACAAGAACGCUCACUAACGUUGGAGAAUCCGAUACAUACGAAGUCUAUGUUUCUCAACCAGAUUCAGUCGAAAUCUUGGUGGAGCCACAAACUCUGAGCUUUACUGAGAUGGGUGAGAAGAAAUCAUACACUGUGACGUUUAAUUCUAUGGAAAUGGUUGCAGCUGGUCAAAAUAUGUUUGGGAGAAUUGAGUGGUCUAAUGAGAUACAAAUUGUGGCUAGUCCUGUGGCCAUUACAUGGUCAUAGUCGAUCUCAUACAGCGUGACAUAUAAUAGUAUAGGCUCAACUUGGUUUGCGAGAGAAUUGUGCCUAGAGUCUAUACCUUUAAUGAAUUAGAGAUUGUACUAAUAAGCUAAAGUUACGUAACGAGAUGCUUUUGUCUUGAAAUGAACACACACACAUACUAUGAAUCUAUGAAUCCC